AUGAGCAUCUUCGCUUCGGUGCUGGAGGGUGAUUAUAGCGCCCUCGCCUCAGAGGCCAGUAGGUCGGCCCGUUCACUCCUGGCCUACAUAGACAGCCACCAGUGCGAGGGGGUGGCGGAGGUGAUGGUGGCCUCCUCUGUGAGGCGAGGCGUGGGGAUCGCCCUGCAGAGCAUGGGGCUGGCGGGCUUAAAGCCCAACAUCGUGUGCUUCAGAUACCCAGAAGCAUGGCAGCAGCACGAGGGAAGUCACAUCCCCGAGACGUUUGUGAGCCUGAUCAACGACAGCAACACGGCGGGCAAGGCGUGUGUGAUUGUAAAGGGGUUGGACGAGUGGCCAGCAGAGGGGUGCCGGCAGCACGACACCAUCGACCUGUUCUGGAUCGUGAGGGAUGGAGGCAUCAUGCUGCUGCUGUCUCAGCUGCUGCGCUCCCGACCCACCUUCGAUGCUUGCAAGAUUCAGGUGUUUUGCAUUGCAGAGGACGAUGGGACAGCAGAGACGUUGCAGCUAGACGUGGCCCAGUUUCUGCACGACCUGCGCAUGCAGGCUGAUGUGGUGGUGGUGACGAUGAGAGCAUGGGAGGACGUGGUGGGGGAUGAGGAUGGGCCCGAGGCUGAGCUGGCGAGACAGGGCGCCAUGGAGGCUUUUACUCGGGCGCGGACGAACAUAGCCACGAUGAUGGAGGCAGAUACACAAUCGUCCCACGGUUCCCAUGGUGGUAACGCUUCUACUGAAGCAAAUGGCCCGAUCCCAAGUGCGAGCAUUCAAAGGCAGCACCGAACCAAGCAGCCUUUGCCCGAACCUGCUGGGAGCAAGGCUAAGGAAAAGGUUUUCGACGAGGGACAGCUUGCCGCCACCGCCGGCUCACCAUCCCCCUUAUUGCUAUAUGGACGCAAUUAUUGUUUCUAA